UCCUGAGUUUUGGACGUACAGGCCGUUGUCUGAACUGAUGGUCCGUGCAGCUGCAGAUGAUGUUCGGUUUCUUCUCUACAUCUACAACAAGAUGAUGGUUAAAUUUAGCCAGCAAUCUUUAUGGCAUCUAGCUGUUCGUGGUGCACUUUAUUGCCGAUGUUUCUGCGUCAGUGACAUUGAAUAUGCGGAUUGGCCGGCAAUCCCCCCUAUUCCAGAUAACCUAAUUGUGGAUGGGAAUGUUCCUGAAGAGGAAAUCUUGUCAGUGUUAGAUGUUCCUCCGGGAAAAAUGGGACGUGUCAUCGGAAAAAGAGGAGCUUCUAUCAUGUCAAUCAAGGAAUCUUGCAAUGCAGAGAUUCUCAUCGGAGGUUCCAAGGGACCACCUGACAAGGUAUUCAUCAUUGGACCUGUGAAGCAGGUGAGAAAAGCAGAAGCUAUUUUAAGGGGGAGGAUGCUGGAAAUGUACUGACAGCGUCAAGUGAAAUGGUUCACCCUUCAUCUAUGCUGAUGCUGAAAUGUUCGGUUCUUCGUUAAGACACUAUAUAUUAUAAGGGGCUUGAUGAUUAAAUACCUCCGACCAUCGUGUCUUUGUGUAAAAAGAUGCUCAAUCAUGUAGAGAAGCUGUUCUCUGCUAAUAUUGGUAAUGCUAUUGGACCUAUUUCUUUUCAUAGGCUAAAAAUCAGGCAUUGGCUUGCAAGUUACAGGUA